CACUCCGGCUCGGCCGCCCCUGCGCGCUCGCCCGCUCCCGCCGCUCGCGCCGCAGCCUCCGGGCCCCUCGCCGCCGCCGCCAUGGACGCCAUCAAGAAGAAGAUGCAGAUGCUGAAGCUCGACAAGGAGAACGCCUUGGACCGAGCCGAGCAGGCGGAGGCCGACAAGAAGGCGGCGGAAGACCGCAGCAAGCAGCUGGAAGAUGAGCUGGUGUCGCUGCAAAAGAAACUCAAGGGUACCGAAGAUGAACUGGACAAAUACUCUGAGGCUCUCAAAGAUGCCCAGGAGAAACUGGAGCUGGCGGAGAAAAAGGCCACUGAUGCUGAAGCCGACGUAGCCUCUCUGAACAGACGCAUCCAGCUGGUUGAGGAGGAGCUGGAUCGUGCUCAGGAGCGCCUGGCCACAGCUUUGCAGAAGCUGGAGGAGGCUGAGAAGGCAGCAGAUGAGAGUGAGAGAGGAAUGAAAGUCAUUGAAAGCCGAGCCCAGAAGGAUGAAGAAAAGAUGGAAAUUCAAGAGAUCCAACUGAAAGAGGCCAAACACAUUGCUGAAGAUGCCGACCGCAAGUAUGAAGAGGUGGCCCGUAAGCUGGUCAUCAUUGAGAGUGACCUGGAACGCGCAGAGGAGAGAGCCGAGCUCUCAGAAGGCAAAUGUGCCGAGCUUGAAGAAGAAUUGAAAACUGUGACGAACAACUUGAAGUCACUGGAGGCUCAGGCUGAGAAGUACUCGCAGAAGGAAGACAAAUAUGAGGAAGAGAUCAAGGUCCUUUCUGACAAACUGAAGGAGGCUGAGACUCGGGCUGAGUUUGCGGAGAGGUCAGUAACUAAAUUGGAGAAAAGCAUUGAUGACUUAGAAGAGAAAGUGGCUCAUGCCAAGGAAGAAAACCUUAGCAUGCAUCAGAUGCUGGAUCAGACAUUACUGGAGCUAAACAACAUGUGAAAACCUCCUUAGCUGCGGCCACAUUCUUUCAUUUUGUUUUGUUGUUUUGUUUUGUUUUUAAACACCUGCUUACCGUGAAACUCCUUAAAUGCAUUUUUGUUUACUUUUACCACUGUCACAGAACAAAGUACCGGCUAGAGCAGGGGGCGGGGAAAACACAAAGGCAAGCCUAUGUCAGGGCGAGAAUGGUUUAAAUGUGCCAUUUCCCAGGGCGAUGUUGCCACACUUCGUAGCGUUUAGCCACACAGUUUGCUUAACCCGUAUAGGAAUCCUCACUGAAUCAGAAAGAUUUCCACUCACAGUGCCAACGAUAGGGGCAACGGGAGGAUGGAUGUUGGAGACACAAUCAGGUGUGGAUUGGUGCUACUUGAAACAAAAGGUCCCCCUGUGGUCUUUUGUUCAAUAUUGUACAAUUCAGAAUUCUGUCCAACACUAAUUUAUUUUGUCUUACUACGAGAUGAGACUUUGGAUCCCAGAUACCUGCGUUCACUAAGGCCAAGGGUUCGAAAGCCAUGCUGCUCUUUUAAGGCAACGUCCUUUCUGACUGCCACACUUGCAGCUCGUUACAACUCUGUAGAGUAGAACUCCAUGUGGAUUUCCACUCUUUCCAGAUCUCCAUGUUAAAGUGAAAGAUUUAGGCACUACAUAAAAUUGGUGAAGAAGAAACAUUUUCUUAAAAAUUAUAACUAUAUGUAAACAUUGUAUAAUGAUGUGGAAUAAAAUGCACAGUUUAGGACAUUUUCUAAA